AUCAAACACAUUUAGGUAAAGGUUCUCUUUUUUUUUCAUCAAAACUUGCAAACGCUGCCUCUCUAUUCAAACGAGGCAAAAUUUAAUAUGGUAGACAUUGAAGCAAAAGCCUCGAGCAUCUAACAUUUCGAUCCCCAAAUAAUUAAAAAUGGCUCGUGAUGGUAGGUCAAAAGAGAAAACAAAGUUGAAAGGAAAACCAGAAAAGUCUUCAUCAAGACCAAAAAGAAGUGUUUCUCCUAAAAAAACUAAACCUAAAAACAGACCAACAAAAGAUCGAGGUCGUGAUAAAAGGAAACGAAGAGCCUCAAGCUCAUCCAGCAGUGGAUCAUCAUCAAGUUCACGUUCAGGAUCAAGCUCUUCAGGAUCAAGAUCAAGUCGUUCAAGUAGAAGUUCCUCAUCAAGUAGUGGGUCUUCAAGCAGCAGCAGUUCUUCUAGUGAUAGAGGGAAAUCUGCAAAAAAAGUUGACAAAAAAGUUAAACCUAACAGCAAACCAAUCGCUAAACCUGUUGUUUCAAAGCCUAUUGAAGCAGAACAAAAACAAAAAGAGAUUCAAAAGCAAAAAGAAAAGGAAGCUAAAGAAAAGGCAGAAAAAGAAAAGGCUUUGAAAGAACAAGAGGAAAAAGAAAAAAUUGAAAAACAGAAACAGAAAGAACUUGAAGAAAUAAAAAAACUUAAAGAGAGGCAGCAAGCACUUCGUGAUGCUGAUAGUUCUGAUAAUGAUGAGAAAGCGGAAGAACCUAAGGAACAAGAAAUAGAGAAAGAAAAGUUAAAGUUGCAAAAAGUAUUAGAGAAAAAGUCCCCAGAGCCUCCAAAGCCUCCAGCAGAACGUAAAUUACCGCCGCGAAUUUUAAAUCGGAAAGAUAGCAGCGAUGAAAGCAUUUCUCCUAAAAGAGUACCUCAUAGGCGUUCAGCUUCCCUUCGUAAAAGAUCUCCAUCGCCACGCAAACGUAUGAGUCCUAGAAGGCGAUCCCCAAGUCCAGCUCGUCGUAGAUCUCCUAGUCCUGCACGUCGUCGGUCACCGAGUCCUGUCCGUCGUAGGUCACCAAGUCCCGUUCGGCGAAGGUCGCCUAGUCCUGUUCGACGAAGGUCACCCAUACGUAAAAGAAAUGCAUCAGUUGUAAGUGUAGGAUCUCGUUCUCCCUCACCAAGGAGACGAAAGCGAACGCCUACUCCGCCCAAGCCAGUAAAAUUAUGCGUCAGUAAUUUGACGCGAAACGUUAACAAAGAUCACAUUUUAGAAAUUUUUAGUGUGUAUGGACGUGUGAGAUCGAUAGAUCUACCUUUAGAUACAAAGAAUUAUUUGCCACGUGGCCAUGCAUAUGUAGAAUUUGAUAAAACUGAUGACGCUAAAGAUGCAAUCAAACACAUGGACGGUGGUUGGAUUGAUGGACAAGAAGUCACUGCUAAAGAAGUAUUAGCAAUGCCCGAAACAUCACUUAGUGGGAACCGUAAUCGUACUGAUAUGGAUAGGCAAAGGAACAUUCGCAGGCGUUCGCCGCCCCGGUUUAAUCGUCGUCCACCUCCCCGAAGGUCGAGAAGUCCCAGAAGAACAGUCCGUUCUCCGGCUGGACCCGUGGGUAGAAGACGCAGGGGAUCAUUAACAAGUGGCUCUAGUUCUAGAUCACCACCACCAAGGAAAAGGUCUCCGCCAUCGGUUUCAAAACGUCGAAGAUAUAGUAGGUCUACAUCUGAUUCUGAAUAAAUGCAUUCGUUUUGUCAGUUUUUUAUUUGCAAAACUUAGGCGACAUUCAUUUAAAAGUUACUUCGUAUCGAAACAAUGAGAUCCAGUUUGAAAUAUAAAAUGGAUUUCUUACGAGUGAACAUUACGAUAAAAUAAUUUUUAUAUUAAGGAUAUCAUCAGAUCUUUUGUCCAAAAUAUAGAUAUUUUAUUCUGAA